UAAGCAAGAAAUCCUGCUUUAUGAUACAGGCCGCAGAACUUGUCCAAAGUAAUUUUUGGCUACAGAUUCUCUGGUCCUCAUUGUCCUGGACAGACAAUGUACUCUUUCUCUAUACAUGGAUUAGCUUAAGUGACCAUUGUCUAAAAUUCUUUCAUCUUGAAUUAAAUCAUUUGUUGUAGAAAACAUCAUUGGAGACUCUUAGGGCCACUUCAUGACAGUGAACUUAUGAGUAACAUAUUUCCAUCUUUAUGAUGUUAACUUGAAUAAUUCACACAGUUCAUCCCCAAGUAAUUCCAUUUCAAUACGUAACAUGACAAACAAAAUUGACUCUUGUUCAUUACCCUUUAUUAAGUCAACUCUGCACCAUGUUAAUCUCCUCUUUCAAUUAAAUUAUAGUUUCAGUUUAUUUAUUGUAGCAACAGCGCAAGUAAGGUUCUAGUAUAGUUACUGACGAGAUUGGGUGUAGAUGCUUUCAGGAUCCAAAUAGUAAAAUUUUUUUAUUUUAAUCUUCGGCUUUUCUUGUUCUUGUUUCACUUUCCAUGAAAUGUAUAUAUUUGAGCAUUUUAUUCCAUUUUGUAAUCACUUUUGUUGACAUUUUUCUAGUACGAGUACGGUGUUGAAUACUGGUAAGCAUUCGGUUCAGUUUGUCCCUCUUGGCGACCCGUACCGCUGUAACCCUUCACCUUUCCUAUAUACAUCCUGCCUAAGCAUUCAAACCACGUGCAUGCAGGCAGCCCUGCAGCAACAACAACAUGGCGAGCCAGGGUCUCACAUAUGAAGGGUGUAAUUUCUUUAGGCAACGGCUCAUUUUAUCCACAUUGACUGGAAAAUGGGUCAAAAUCAAAAACAUUCGUUCAAGUGAUGAUAAUCCCGGACUUCAAGAUUUUGAAGCCAGCUUCAUUAGACUUUUGGACAAAGUAACCAAUGGCACCAGAAUUGAAAUUAAUCAAACAGGUACUGUUCUCUUCUACCAGCCGGGCCUGCUCUACGGGGGCACUGUGGAGCACGACUGCAACAUGCAGCGCUCAGUGGGUUACUACCUGGAGGCCCUUUUGAUGCUGGCCCCCUUCGUGAAGAGUCCACUGCGAGCCACUCUCAUGGGCGUCACCAAUGACCAGCGAGACCCCUCUGUGGAUACAUUGAAGGCCACCUCCAUUCCCCUGAUGAAGCACUUUGGACUUGAUGGCGAGGGUCUUGAGUUGAAGAUCGCAAAGCGGGGGAUGCCCCCUGGUGGUGGAGGUGAGGUGUUUUUCACCUGUCCAGUCCGUCGCACCGUCCGUCCCAUCCAGCUGACCGACCCUGGGAAAAUCAAGCGCAUCCGCGGGACAGCAUAUUCAGUAAGAGUUUCCCCACAAAUGGCAAACAGAAUAGUGGACUCUGCCCGGAACAUUCUCAACAAAUUUAUUCCCGAUAUUUACAUACACACGGACCACAUGAAGGGCACGAAUGCGGGGAAGUCCCCAGGGUUUGGCCUUACGCUUGUGGCUGAGACAACAAAUGGCACGUUUCUUAGCGCGGAGCUCGUCUCCAACCCGCAGGGACAGGGCAGCCCAAUGCUCCCAGAGGACCUCGGGAGGAACUGUGCCAAGCUGCUGUUGGAGGAGAUCUACAGGGGUGGCUGUGUGGACUCGACCAAUCAGAGUCUGGCACUCCUCUACAUGACACUGGGACAGCAGGACGUGUCUAAAGCACUCCUGGGCCCAUUGUCAUCCUACACAAUCGAGUUCCUCCGGCACAUCAGGGACUUCUUCCAGAUCAUGUUCAAGAUCGAAACCCAGAUGCCAGAGGAGGACAGCCGUAGAGGAGGGAGCAAAGUGCUGGUGACCUGCGUGGGAGCUGGCUUUGCCAACAUCAGCAAAACCCUCAAAUAAGACUUCAUGUCAGCAUAGUUUUUUUUUUAAAUCCAAUGUGUAAGCCUUCUGGCAUCUCUGAAUCUGUGGGCCAUUUCUUUUUUAGAUAUUUUGUUGCUUAGUACAGAAACUUUUUAUUGAAGACCUUUGUACCAUCAUCUGUAAAUAGGCAAUGUAAUAAAGUUAAGGUAUUUUGACACUUU